AAUCGAUCGUUACAAUCUUCUUUGACACGCCAUCCUCGUCUUCCUCGUUCAGCUAUAUCCUUACUGCUAUCUCCGUUCUCACAGGUUUUCUACCGAAAGGUGAUCACCAGAAUCCAUGGCGGCCAGAUCGUCGUUGAAAGAAGAAGACUUGGUAGUCGAUGAUGGUCUCGGCUAUCCCAGAUUAUAUGCGAAGCUCUGCCGAGACCCCCUUCUCACUCCAUACAAUCAUGGCCCUCCCUUCACUUUCAUUCCGUAUAGUUUUCAGCCUCAAGAGGAUUCGAGAGCGAGGGAGUUAGACCAGAUGUUCCCGGUAAUUGACCCUGAAGCCAAACCUUCCAUAAAGCCUAGAAUUUAUGCUAGCCUCCUCUGGAAGCAACUGAACCACCUCGGGAAUGCUGGCUUCGAUCCUGAAAAAUUUCGAGUAGACCCGUAUGGUAACGUUCUGUAUUAUCAUUCAGAUUCAGGUUCUCCCCUUUCUUGGGAAAUCGAUCAUUGGUUUCCUCUCUCAAGAGGAGGACGGACUGUUCCCUGCAAUCUGAGGAUACUACAAUGGCAAGUAUGUAAGAAGAAGCGUGAUAAGUUGGAAUUUCUCGUUCCCUGGUGGGAUCUUCAGUUGGGGAUCUCUGUAAACCAGUUUCUUAACAUUUUUGCUUCUUCCAAUUCUGAUUUCAGGUAUAGAGCAUUCCAAUUUUUAUUCUCUGAGGGUGAGAGUGAAGAAUUAAAUGAUUCACAGACGGCCCAGUCACAUACUUUUCCAAAACAUUUUGUUGAGUCAAAACGGAAAAUUGGCCUUGCUCCAGCUGCCAUCAUUUUAUCUAGAGGAGAAUAUUCUGAUGGGUCAUCAACGUUAAGAUCCCUUGAUCUCAAUAGACGAAUCAGCCCAAACUCCUCUGCAACUGCUUCGAGGAAAUUCUUGGCUGACGACAAUCAAUCACGCUGCGCCUCAAUUCAGAGAUUUAGGCCUAGUAUGUCAAAGGAAAAUGAGAAUCCUGACAUGGCUACUAAUCCAUAUCUAGCCAUUGUCAUGGCCAGAGACUCCCUGAAGCAGAAGGAAGAGGCAGAAAAGAUGCAAGCAGAGAUAAGGAAAUUGGAUGUGGAACUGGAUGAAAUGAAGCAGAAGAAUGAAGUGGAGAGGGUUGCUCUUCAAGACUUGGAGUUGGUGCUAAUAAAACGUAGGAGAAGGGCUGAGAAGUGUAGGCGGCUUGCAGAAGGACAAUCCUCGUACAGAGCUGUGCUAGAGAAGAUGAUUCGAGAUGCUAUGCACCAGAGUGUUGUUUAUAAGGAACAAAUGAGAUUGAACCAGGCUGCAACUAGUGCUCUGACAGCAAGACUUGAAGCACAGAAUGCGAUAUGUGAUUCCUCUGAGAGGGAACUACACAUGACAUUCAAGCAAAAAAACAAGGUUGAGAAACAGAUCAGGCCUCAAUGGGAGCUAGCGAGGAAGAGAUCGAGGAUGGAUGAUACCCUCUUAGAUCAACGAGACGAUAAAACUCUUCUGUACUUACCGGGAAUCAUGCCAAGGAAACAUUCCCAUAAGGAAUUGAGAGUGUUUCUGAAGGAAGAACAACAGAAGACAUCUGAAGCAAGUUUAUCACUUGAUGAGAAGAGAAAUCAAGAAGUUGAGGAGGAAAAAAAUGAACCCAUCAAAGGCAUUGGCAGAGAGAAGACUGAUGACAUACCAAUUGAGGAAAAGCUUGGAAAAUUAGAGAUUGAAGAAGACAGGAAGGAGGACAUGCGGUUUUCUGUUCUUCAUAGCCCUGAAAGAGAGGAGGAUGAAGAACGCAGAAAGGAACGUGGGAAAGGGAAUGUAGAGAAGUGGCUUAAAAUGCUGUUAGACAAAACCCAGGAAGGACCAAUCAUGAACUCACCUCCUCGAAAUAUGGAUGCACAUAGGACAAGCAAGACCGAGGAAUCUCAAACCGAAGAUGAACAUAGUACAAGCAAGACUGAGGAAAUGGUAAGAAAGUUGAACCUCACGAACCCGCAGAAAGAGGUAAAGAUUUUGCAGUUUCCAGCAUCAGAAAACAAGAAAGGUCUCAAACCAGUCCAGGAAGAUAUUGCGGUGCAAAAUAUCCAUCAGAGAGACGAUGGAAAGAGAAAAGAACAGAUUGGUGAGGAGAAAAUUGGUGAAAACAUGUGUGAGAAAACUGAUGCAAGAGAAGUGAGUAAUGUAGGCAAAGGCAUCGGAAGUAGCUUGAGUUUUGAAGGUAAGGAAAGAAGAGAGAAGAGCGGUAAGGAGAGGGGGCUUGUGAGGAGUGAGAGUGCAAGAAUAUUUAGGCAAAUUCCUUCUUCUCCCUCUGUGAUAUUGGGAAUUAGAAAAGGAGUUGAUUGCAUGAGGAAGAAGCCCAUGGUGAUUGGGUCUGAUGAAGAUGGAGAUGAGAAUCCUGUGGUGAAAAACAACUUCAUCAAGUCAUCCAUCAAAACAAUCAAGAAAGCAGUGAAGAUAUGAAAGUAAUGAAUUUGUUAUUUUCAAUUAAUCAAGCAGUGAACAUGAGAAGUGAUUUUACAUUGUGUGUUCAGCAUUUUCUUUAAUUGAUUUAGAAGGCUAAAUAAUAACUUCUUUAGUUAAGCAACUGUUUGUAAACUUGGAUGUUCUUUUUUGUAUCUGUAAAUAAAGAUUGGUGUUCUAUGAACUCUAUGA